CCACGACCAUAAAAUCCCAUUGCAAACAUGACAGACCAAAUUCCCACCACUGGAAAUCGUACCGAGCUCGCCCCGUCGGUAAAGUCCUUUCUCAACGCGAACCCCGACCUGCACCUUGGCGGGCACGAAGACUUCCAUACUGAGCGCCGCCACCACCUCGAAGUGUUCGGGUAUCACGCACUCCCCGACGAGCUUAAAACGAGAAUCGGGCAUCUUGCCUUUACUGCAGUACGCACACGGCACGGCACUAUUCCGUUACGCAUUUUUUACCCGCACAGCGCCGUGAAAAAGGGCGAGGGACACAGCGCGAGGGUUUGCGGCGACAAGAAACUACCGGCUUUGGUGUAUUUCCAUGGCGGAGGAUACACGGUGGGUAGCGUUGACGAGUUCGAGAAUGGCUUGCGACUGCUGGCCGAGAAGGCGGACAUCAUCACAAUCGGGGUAGACUACCACCUCGCACCAGAGCACCCAUUUCCGACCCAGCUCGACGAGUACAUUGACAUUCUGGCCUGGGCGCAGAGCCCCGAAAGCGCCAGCCACGGCAUCGACAGUGCGCGUGUACUUGGCGGCGGCGACUCCGCGGGCGGAAACAUGACUGCAGCAGUGGCACUGCGACUCCGAGACGAAAGCAAGCAGCAGCUCAAAGCCCAAAUCCUGCUGUAUCCGGAAGCACGUCUGCCGUUCGACACGCCCGCUGCGACCGAGAACAACACCGGCUACUACCUCGAAUGCAACGGCAUCUUCUCCUUCGCAGACCACUACCUGCCACGGGCGCCAGACAAGGCGGUCCCGCCGUCCCACAGAUACGUUUCACCCGGGAUGCAGAAUGUCGAAGACUUGAAAGGCUUGCCACCUGCGGCAGUGUUUACGUGUGGGUUUGAUCCGCUGCGGGAUGUCGGUGUGGAGUUUGCCAGCAAAUUGCAGAAGGCUGGAAAUCAAGUCAAGUGGAAGCAUUUCCAGGAUCUGACGCAUGGGUUCUUGCAGCUUGCACCCUGGAGCCGGGAGGCGAUGGAAGCGGUGGACGAGGUUGCGAGGGCGACGAAGGAGUUGGCUUAUGCGUAGGAGAUUUUGCUAGCUGCAGAGGGGACUGUUAGCACUACGGCUUAAGGACGUGUAUGGUAUUCAAGCGCUAAGGGUUUCAGGCUUUCGAGGUUUCCCAACAGAUGGUCUUGCAGUCAGAUGUGGGAAUGGUGUUCGGUGAAAGUGGUUUUAUCGGGCAGUGAGUACAUCCUUAGGUUCUCUUUCAAAGUAGGAGCAAAGCAAGUUAAGAACAGAUAAAAAAUCAGCAUAUUUACAAAAACUAUUUCCAG